GGCAAGAGGGACACAGACACACAGACAGACAGACAUUCACUGACAACAUGGGCGAGACAGAGGUGAUAGAGAAACUGAAGGGCGUCCCACAGCUGCUGGCGGCCUCCAAACGGGCUAAAAGAAGGGCCGGCAUUGAUACAGCCUUGGAGGUGGUGACGAGGGAGGAGCUCCCUGAGGCUGUUGUGAAGGGUGUGUCAAGGCUUGCGGUGCAGGUGGUGCAGAACUACACCGACGGCCCCUCCCGCGUGCGCCUCCAGGAGCUGAUCUUUACCCUCGCCAAGAAACAUGGAGCGGCUGUCCCUGCCCUGGCUGGCGCCCUCCUCAGCCAGGCCCAGCACCACGCCAAUGUCCCACACUCCACGUGUGCCCUGGCCCGCACCCACAUCUCGUCCGUGGAGGUGGCUGCCCAAGUGUGGUGCAUCAUGGUGGAGACCAAGCACCCUUUCGCCACCAAGGAGGCCACGGCACUCACUGAGGCCUUGGCUAUCCACUACGCCCUGACAGUGGCCGCAAACAACAAGACCCUCACACGCAGGGCUAACAAUGCCAUUGGACAGUUCCUUAAGAAUGAGGAGCUCUUGAAGGCAGUUUGUGAGGCGGUGGUUAGCGGGGAGGCGAGUAUCCACCGAGUGAUCCUUGGGGGCCACCUGCUGCACCUGAUGGCCGAGGCGAAGGUGGCCGUGCCCGUAGACACUCUCAAGCUGACCCUCACGCAGGUGUAUGUUAAGCAGGUCCUUCAGUCCAAGAGUAAGCCGUGGCAGUUCGUGUUGGAGCACACCCGGCCCCUUCUGCGCCAACUGAGCCACCAGGAGUUCUCUGAGAUAGUGCUGCCGGCCGCCAAGAAGUCCCUGCUGCGCAACCCUGAGGUGAUCCUGCGGGCUGUGGCUCACCUUUGCUCGGGACUCAACCUGGACCUGAGCAAGUACCUCGAGGAGAUCAUCAAGACCCUGGCCAGUCCUCUGCAUGGCAAGGAGGACCAGGUGAGGGAGGACACUGUGGAGGUGUGUCGACAGCUGGCUAAGCAGUGCAGCGACGCCUCUGCCAUUGAGGCCUUCAUCAGCCUCCUCUUUGACGUGUUCUUCGGCUCUGACGGAAAGCUAACGGCCACGACACAUAAACUCUCAGUCCUUCAGGGGGUGGAGGCAGUGAGUGAGCACAGUGUGACGGGCAGCAGUGCACAGGCUCUCUCUGUCAAGGUGCUGGACAGGAUGAUGAAGGUGCUGGAGACAGAGAGCCAUGAAGGUACCCUCAUUCAGGCCCUCACUUCCCUUAGUGCAUGGACAGCCAAGUUCACCACCGACAUUCCCCAAAAGCUCAUAGACUUCCUGCCACGAGGCAUGACACUCAAGACCUCAACGGCAGGCAUCCGCGCCGCCUAUGUCCGGUGUCUGCAGGGCUGCGUCACCUCCUCCAACGCCCACAAAGCAGCGCCGGUCAUCAGUCACCUAAUCUCCUCCAUCGAGAAGGCGCUGAGUCAAAUAACACAGAUUCCCACUCUGGUGGAGGCACUGACUUCCUGUGUGCUGCUGCUGCGGCUGAGUGCUGCGGAUCUGAGCCUGGAGCAGCGUGUGGCCCCCAUCUGGAGCACUGCCCUGGACCUGCAGAAAGGCUACUUCACAGGGGAGAAGUUCCUCACACAGGCCUCAGAGGAUGGACUGCUACAACUGGUGACCUUCAGUGAGCUGCUGCUGUCCCAACACGGCGGGCGGCUGGGCAAGGACAUGGUCCUGGUGCACCAGGCGCUGGUCUGGUGCCUGGUGUGCCCUCACUCCAGGGUGCGUCUGGCUGCCCAGUCCUCCACCAAGAAGCUGGUGUCUGCGCUGGGGGGAGCUCAGCUGGCCACGGACCUCCUCAAUGCUCUCACCACAAUGACAAUGAACAACAAGAUCCAGUUGAAAAGGUCAGAAGAGCAAGAUGCUGGGGGUGGAAGUGGAGGGGGAGAGCUGAGCCCGGCUGGGGUGGCUCAGGCUCUCACCACCAUCUGCUCUCCCAGCACACACGAGCGCCGGCAAAAGGAACAGCUGGCUCUCCUUGCCCUGCGACCAGCCUUCCACCCGUCCCUUGCCCGUGAAUACCCGGCACUGUGGGAGCAGGUGUGUCGGUCCAUGGGGCUGGUGGCCAGGGACGUGAUCGCCAGCCAGAAGGACACGCUGGUCAAGCAGUUCACCACGGAAUUCAUACCUUCACCCAUUGACCAGCAGGUAUUUUCUGGCCUGUGUCGCCUGGCUGGGCAGGUCAUGCUGCCCCCUGUAGUCGCUUUCAUUAACAGCCGACUGAACAAUCCAAAGUUGGUUCAGAUCACCGAUGAAGAUUAUGCAAUAUACCAAACCCCCGAGGGAACACUCUACAACCAGAGUGUUGUUGAGAAAGCGUUUGAAGAUCACCUCAACACAAGGAACGUCAAGAAGUCCAACAAGGUGUACAGCCACAAGGAGCAGGUCAUGAUGCUGGAGGAGAAGAAGAAGGAGCUGGAGAGGAAGCGGAAGGAGGGGAAGCUGGAGCUCACGCCCAAGCAGAAGGAGGUGCUCAAGGCCCAGACUGAGAAGGAGAACAGCAUUCGUAACAGAGUGCGGGAUCUGUCCGAGAGCACCAAGUCUUCCAUCGCCCUGUUGGAGGCAGCCAUUGCAGGGAAUGUUGAGGACCUGGGCCCCCACUUCACGGUGCUGGUGCCGCUCCUCACCUGGGCCCUGCGGUCACACCUAGUGGCCCCGCAGAUGUGUGACCUUUUCAUCAAGCUCCGAACAGCCGUCUUUGAGACUCAGGAUGAAGUUUAUGCCCACACGCUGGCUAGGACGACCGUGCGAGUGUGUGAGCCAAUCAUGAAGCUUCCCAAGGACUGGCUGGGAGAGCGCCUGGAGGAUGCUGCCUUCAGGACCCUUAAGAUGAUCCACACAGCCACCGUCCCAAAGCAGUCUGGGCGGGAUGAGGACGAGGAGAAGUAUUACUGUGCACCGGGCUUCAUGUACUGCUUCCCCUUCCUGGAGUGGGUGCUCACUAAGCGCCUCGGGGGAGACGACAAGUUUGAGGCAGUGGCCAGUCAGGCGUUGCAGAUUAUUAGUGAGCACAUGGCCAUGAGGGGGGCUGACAGCACGGACCUCUACCACCCUCGCUAUCUCCCCCGCAAACAGCUCCUCACCCUCAUUAUCAACGUCAUCAGCAGCAUCUCGGGCCGCACGCAGCAGAAUGCCUGUGCAGUGCUGCAAGAGGUGUGCCGCUGUGGCUCCGGGGAACCAGGCUGCGACAAGGCCACCCCCGAGGAGAUCACCGUUCUCUUGGACACCCUGCAGGCCCCGGCACAGUCUGUCAGGGACGCGGCACUCAGGGGCUUGCUGGUGCUUGUAAAUUCCCUGCCGCGGGUGGAGGAGGACAUGGAGGCAUGGCUGCAGGUGGCCCAUCGCCUCUGGGUGGCCAAACACGACGUGGCAGAGGACGUUGCCAACCUUGCAGCAGAGCUGUGGACCAAAGCAGACAUGCAGGCCGACGGAGCCAUGAGUGAGGGCAUCCUGGGCGACGUGGUUCACCCGGUGUCCGCCGUGCGUGCCGCCGGGGCUGCUGCUCUCGCCACGCUGGCCAAGGACAACCAAGACCUGGUGUCCCCCAUCACCAUACAGCUCAUCGAGACCUUCAAGGAGAAAACAGAGAUGACCCCGGCCAUCCGAGACAAGUAUGACCGUGUGGUGGUAGAGGCCGUGGACUUGUGGGAGGGCCGGGCAGGGGUGGCCAUGGCCCUCCAGCAGCUGGCGCCCCUCCUCAAUGCCGAGACUGUGGUGACCCUGGCCAACUUCUUUGUGCCGGACGCCUUGGGGGACCGCAAUGCUGAGGUCCGGAACAAGAUGCUGGAGGCGGCCAUGUCUGUGGUGAACUCUCAUGGCAAGGAGACAGUGAACAGUUUGCUGCCUGUGUUUGAGAAGUUCCUGAACACAGCGCCCAACCAUGCCAGCUAUGACGCAGUGCGGCAAAGUGUGAUCAUCCUGAUGGGCUCGCUGGCCAAGCACUUGGAGCCCAGUGACCCCAAGAUCAAGCCCAUUGUGGCCAAGCUUGUCGAGGCCCUCCACACCCCGUCGCAACAGGUCCAAGAAGCUGUGGCCAACUGUCUCCACCCGCUGGUGCCGGCCAUCAGAGACGAGUGCCCCAAGCUGGUGUCCAAGCUGAUGACUGUCUUGCUGGAGUCUGAGAACUACGGCGAACGUAAGGGAGCAGCAUACGGCCUGGCCUCCCUUGUCAAGGGCAUGGGUAUCCUGGCCCUCAAGCAGCUGGACAUCAUGAACCAGCUCACCAAUGCCAUACAGGACAAGAAGAACUACCGGUACAGGGAGGGUGCGCUGUUUGCCCUGGAACAGCUGUGCAACAUGCUGGGCAAGCUGUUUGAGCCCUACAUCGUGCACAUCCUGCCCCACCUGCUGCUCUGCUUCGGCGAUGGCAACCAGUAUGUGCGCGAGGCCACCGACGACACGGCCAAGGCUGUCAUGAGCAAGCUGUCGGCCCACGGUGUGAAGCUGGUGCUGCCGUCCCUGCUGGCUGCCCUGGAGGAAGACUCGUGGCGGACAAAGACAGGGUCUGUGGAGCUUCUGGGCAACAUGGCCUUCUGUGCCCCCAAGCAGCUGUCCUCGUGUCUGCCCUCCAUUGUGCCACGGCUCAUCGAGGUGCUCAGUGACUCCCACAUGAAGGUGCAGCGGGCGGGUGGCCAGGCACUCAGACUCAUCGGCUCAGUAAUCAGGAACCCGGAGAUUCAGGCCAUUGUACCGGAGCUGCUGGCAGCACUGCAGGACCCCACCAAGAACACCUCGGCCUGCCUGCAGACCCUCCUGGAGACCAAGUUUGUCCACUUCAUCGAUGCUCCCUCGCUGGCCCUCAUCAUGCCUGUGGUGCAGAGGGCAUUCCAGGAUCGCUCCACCGAGGUGCGCAAGAUGGCUGCCCAGAUCAUCGGCAACAUGUACUCCUUGACUGACCAGAAGGACCUGCAGCCCUACCUACCCGGCAUCAUCCCAGGUCUCAAGGCUUCCCUCCUCGACCCGGUGCCCAAGGUGCGUGCAGUGUCAUCAAGAGCGCUGGGGGCCAUGGUCAAGGGAAUGGGUGAGUCCAGCUUUGAUGACCUGCUUCCGUGGCUCAUGCAAACCCUCACCUCAGAGUCGUCAAGUGUGGAUCGCUCAGGAGCUGCCCAGGGACUUGCCGAGGUGGUGGGAGGCUUGGGCCCCGAGAAACUCCAUCGCCUCAUGCCAGACAUCAUUGCCACGGCCGAGCGUUCAGACAUCGCACCGCACGUCAAGGACGGCUACAUCAUGAUGUUCAUCUUCCUCCCCACUGUCUUCCAGGAUGAGUUCACGCCUUACAUCGGCCAGAUCAUUCCCCCCAUACUCAAGGCACUAGCAGAUGAGAAUGAGUUUGUGAGAGAAACAGCAUUGAAGGCUGGCCAGAGGAUUGUCAACACCUAUGCAGAGUCGGCCAUCACCCUGCUGCUGCCGGAGCUGGAGGCCGGACUCUUCCAUGACAACUGGCGCAUCAGAUACAGCUCAGUGCAGCUUCUGGGAGACCUGCUGUUUAAGGUGUCGGGCGUGUCUGGCAAGAUGACCACUGACACAGCCCACGAAGACGACAACUUUGGAACAGAACACUCACAAAAGGCCAUCAUCAGAAUUCUUGGAGAGGAGCGAAGGAACAGAGUGUUGGCUGGGCUGUACAUGGGGCGGUCCGACGUGGCCAUCCUGGUGCGACAGGCGGCCCUUCACGUGUGGAAGGUGGUGGUGACCAACACACCCAAGACACUGAGGGAGAUCCUGCCCACCCUCUUCUCGCUCCUCCUUGGUCACCUUGCCUCCACCAGCUACGACAAGAGACAGGUUGCGGCGCGAACACUUGGCGACCUUGUGCGUAAACUGGGCGAGCGAGUGUUGCCAGAGAUCAUCCCCAUCCUGGAGGCUGGAUUGGGGUCGCCUGAGCCUGACCAGCGCCAGGGUGUGUGUAUUGGCCUGUCGGAGAUCAUGGCCUCCACCAGCAAGGACAUGGUUCUCUGCUUUGCCGACAACCUGGUGCCCACAGUCAGGCGGGCGCUGUGUGACCCGCUGUCAUCCGUGAGGCAAGCGGCGGCCCAAACCUUCGACUCCCUGCACGGCACUGUUGGCUUCCGGGCGCUGGAGGACAUCCUGCCCCACCUGCUUGCCGAGCUUGAGAAUGAGGACGAGACCCGUGAGUAUGCACUGGACGGCCUCAAGCAGGUCAUGGCCAUCAAGAGCAGGGUGGUGCUGCCCUACCUUGUGCCACAGCUGACUACACCGCCCGUCAACACACAAGCGCUGUGCAUCUUGGCGUCAGUGGCUGGUGACACCCUGACCCGGCACCUCAGCAAGAUCUUGGUGGCUCUGCUGGGCGCUCUCAGUGACUCCGCCGGCAGCCCAGAGUACGACGAGGCACUGGGCCACUGUCAAGGAGUGGUCCUGGCUGUGACAGACGAGUCUGGUGUGAAUACCAUUGUGGACGAGCUUCUUCAGCACUCCAAGGGAAACAACCUUGGGGUGGCCCAGGCAGCCGUGGCCCUGCUGCUGGCCUUUUGUUCCAACACCCGUGCUGACUACAGUGACUAUGUGCCCCAGCUGCUGCGUGGCCUCAUCCACCUCUUCACUCACAGGGACGAGGAGAUGCUCAAGACCUCCUGGCUGGCUCUCAGUGCUGUCACCAAGAGUCUGGAUGCAGCACAACAGCGAUCGCUGGUUGCGGACGUGCGUCAGGCUGUCAAGUUUGCCGCCUCAGACCUCAAGGGGGAGGAACUGAUGCCUGGCUUCUGUCUGCCUAAAGGCAUCCAGCCCAUCCUGCCCAUCUUCCGCGAGGCUGUGCUGAACGGGGAGCCGGAGCUGAAGGAGGCGGCGUCCAAUGGGCUGACGGAGGUGAUCCGCCUCACCAGCUCAGAUGCGCUCAAGCCCUCAGUGGUGCAUGUGACGGGGCCGCUCAUCAGGAUCCUCGGAGACAGAUUUACCUGGAAUGUGAAAGUGGCCGUGCUGGACACCCUCGCCCUCCUGCUGGCCAAGACUGGCGUGAUGCUGAAGCCAUUCCUGCCACAGCUGCAGACCACAUUCGUCAAGGCCGUGCACGACGCCCACCGAGGGGUGAGGCUGCGUGCUGGUGCCGCCCUCGCCCACCUCAUCACCAUCCACACCAAGCCAGACCCGCUCUUCACGGAACUCCACAAUGCUGUCAAGGCUGCCGAUGACACCCCAACCAGAGACACCAUGAUCCAGGCCCUGCGCUGUGUGGUGCAGCCAGCUGGGAACAAGAUGAGCGACGGUGUGCGGCGGGCGCUGGUCACCACCCUCACCUCCCUCCUCACCCACGACGACGACUCCACCCGCCUCUGUGCUGCGGGGGCCCUCGGGGUGCUGGUGCCCUGGCUGCCCCCAGAAGAGCUGCGGCCCCUCCUCACUCACCAUGUCCUAGAGGAUAACAGUAAUGCUGACUGGACAGUGCGGCACGGAAGGUCAGCUGCACUCUUCUCUGCCCUGAAAUCUGCUCCUGCCAAGAUCCUGGAGGUGGCCACUCCAGACCAGAUCUCCGCCACCUUGCUUUCCUACCUGUCGUCCGAUCGCCUGGCCCUGGUGGAGAAUGCCAUGUCCGGGGUGGCCUUCCUUGCCACUCACCAGCUGGCCUUGGGAGAAAGUGUGCCUCCUGUGCUUCUGCAGACGUUUGCUAAGCUGAUCAACCACAGCAGCAACGAGGUGAAGCAGGGCAUGUGCCGAGCCUCCCAGUACUGUGCGGAGAAGCUGGCAGAAUCCGAUGGCUCCCUGCUGCCCGUGGAGGUGGCCAAGCCCUUGAUCCCUAUGUUGGUCAACGGCACCAAGGAAAAGAACCAGGUUGUGCGGUCCUCGGCUGAGAUGGCGCUGGUGGCACUUCUGCAGCUGAAGGAUGGCGACCAGGGCUCCCAGGUGAUGUUGGCGGCCCUGGAGUCUGGUGGCCGUGAUGCUCUGAGCGAGGUGAUCAACAAAUCCCUACGACGUGCCACCUACAUCCCCGUGACCCCGGCAGAGAUAGACCCCACGCUCCUCACAUGAUGGGGCAGCAGCGGGGGCCUCGGGGGUGACAUGACACAGCGACGGGUGGAGAGGUGACAGCAGGGGGGAGGGGGAGUGGCAAGGUCGUGACGGGUGGUGGUGGGAGGGGCGACUUCUGCCACUCCUCUUAAGUAGCUUUGGGGUGUGUUUGUCAGUUUGUGUGUUGCUCCUUUCCCCUUGGUGCUCCUGUCAGGGAUUCAACUACUCUGGAAAACUGACCAGAAAUAUUAAAAAAGGCACUACUGCUAAAAGAAAGGUUGGUAUAUGUUCUUUAUUUUCACAGGAGCUCAGUUUUAAACCUUAGCUCAAGUUUCUAGUGUUUUCUUGAUAGAGAUACCAAUCGGAAAGUUGUGAAUGAAUUGGCAAGCAUGCCCUACACACACACACACACACACACACGCACACGCACACACACACACACACACACACACACACACACACACACACACACACACACACUGGUGCUCUCAGCCAUCCUAGGAGUUAAGGAAUCAACAUCAUCCUCUAUAUUUGAUACCUCCUUUAGUAACACCUCCAUCCUUCACGACAUUAAGCUCGGUGACGUAACAGCUUGUAUUACCAAAUCGGUCUGUGUAGUGGGGAAACCGACUCCACAGUGUUACGUGGGGUAGUUUAUAACAGUAUCCAGGGUAAGGAGAUAUAUGUACAGCAAAGAUUAAUGGCCAUUUUAUUAUUGUCUGUGAGAUGUUUGCAAUAAUUUAACCUAACCCCACCCACCAUUCCUUGUGUGAUGCCACAGAUGAAGUGUAUAUCUUGGCCACUGAUAUAUUUAACUGCCUCUUUUCUUUAUAUUGCAACACUCCAUAAACACAAGCUUUGGUAAUAAUCUUUCAGUGUACCGAGUGAUAUUUUUGCGAACUUGCUUUUCAUCAGAGUUGCCAUCAUAACUUGUUUCAUGAGAGUAAGGAUUGCAAGGACCCCACCUCACCUGCUUGUGUGGGAAAUGGGGUGCUGGUGAUGGUGACAUGACUUGUCAGACAGAUACAAUGGAAACAGUUGACUGAUUGUUGGUGUAAGGAUCCAGUCAAGACAGACACUAUGGUCGGUAUUAUAAGAUACUUUCGCCUCUCACAUCAUCUAUUUGUAAAGGCCAAGGAGGGGGCAGUUGGGUUUUAAUGAGUGUUUCUUGAGGUUCACGGCACAUAAGAAGGAUCAAACUACCACCAGGGUCAUAAAACUACUCCUGGAAAUGCCCACAACUCAUACGAAAGCCUUGUCAAAUAUGUGUUUUUGGGCGGCGAAAUGUCUUGUAAUACGACUCUAUAUAAACAGGUGAAUGAUUGAUGGUGUAAAGAUCCAGUCAAGUUUGAAGUGGUGGUCUUGUAGCUUUAGGGAGGCAUCCAACAUAAUUAAUUUCAGGGGGUUCAAAGUUGUUAUUCUUUCUGUGCCGGCCAUGACAGAUGUUUGAAGGGCAUCAUUUAGGGAGAAAAAUGGUGUUCAUGGCAAUUCUAAUCAAAUUAACUGAUAUAAUUUCAAAUAUUCAGGGAAAAUUAAGUAUAAAUAUGAAUGUUUCUCUACACAAGGGUGAGGCACAGAAAACAUUUAUUAGGAGAGGCAUUGCCCCUUAAUAUCACCCCUGCCCAUGGACACAUUGGAGAAUUAGUAAAGGUUAUUAUUUUUUUUUGUAUUUUUAAUUUACUCAUCUUUUUUAUGUUGUCUAAUCGCACUCCAGUUUUCGUAAGCAUUAUAGUGGUGCGGGGUGACUGGCGGGUGCGUGAGGGAUGAAGGCUGUGGGAAUAGCCAGCUGGGUGGAGGAGGUAUUCUGGUGACGCCAUCGGGAAAAGUUAAGGAAAAUAUUUUUGUGGUGAAAGAGCACGUGGGUGAAGUUUCUUCUGGGCUGUAUGCCGAGAGGUGUUUCCCAAUAAAAUCAUGUUGAAAGAAA